CUGCCUGCCCUGCUCCCCGCUCGCCGGACUAAGCGCCUCGGCCGUUCCUUUGCGCAGCUGGGCUGAUCGCGAUGGGCUCCCGCCGGAGACCCCUGGGCCGCUCCCACUCGGGCAACGGGUCUUCCGUGGGGUAUUGCCCCGGGCCCGGCAGCGAUGGCGAGGAUAACGGGCCCCUGGUGGAGUACCGGCCGGAUAGGCGCAGCUACCUGCUUAGCGUGCGCCCCGAGAACAGCUUGCUCCCCCGCCGGGUGUCCCCCAGCAGCUAUGGAAGGGGCACUUUUUGUGCCAUCAUUGCUCAGCUGACCGAGGAGACCCAGCCCGUCUUUGAAACAACCCUCAAAUCCUAUGCUGUUUCGAAGGACGCCGAUGCCAAAUUCACGUGCAUUGUGAUAGGAUACCCAGCGCCAGAGGUGACCUGGUACAAAGAUAAUGAAGAGAUGGAUCGAUACUGUGGAUUGCCGAAAUAUGAGAUUUUGCGACAUGGGAACAGACACACCUUGCAGUUAUACAAGUGUCAAGAGGAAGAUGCAGCUAUUUACCAGGCUUCGGCAAGAAACAACAAGGGCAUUGUGUCGUGUUCUGGGGUUCUGGAGGUUGGAACCAUGACAGAGUACAAAAUUCACCAACGGUGGUUUGCCAAGCUCAAGAGGAAUGCCGAAGCCAAGCUGUAUGAGAUCGAGCAGAGCAGGAAGCGAGGGAAGGAGAACGUGGAGAUGGAACAGCUGAGACGAGUCAGCCCAGACAGAUUCCAGAGGAAGAGACGGUUGACGGGGGAUGUGGGGAUGCGUUCGGGCUCCUCUCUCUGGGACACGGAGGAAGCGGCCAAGGUGCGGAUCCCAGAUGGAAAGGCCUGUUUUGGUGAAGACGAGAAGGCCAAGAACAGAGAGGCCUCUCUGAUCGGCCCCGCCCUGUUCCCCAAUGACUUCAUAGCAGGACAUCUGGAAACGGAAGGAGCCACCACCAACGGGGACUCUUCUCUGGAGAGCGGGGAGGAAAAUGGAGAGAGGAACGACAACGGUUUUCUUCAAUAUAUUUACGAGACGGCGGGGAUUGUGCCCAAGGAAUAUUCAGCGAAGAAGAAAAAGAAAGAGGAAGAUAAGGCAGCUCCACCAAAUGCAAGCCAAGGUGUUUCCCAACUGGACGAUGGCAUGCAACCAAGGAGAAAGGUCUCCAUGCAAAAGGAGGCUGUGUCAUCCCCAAAAGUCGCAUCUCCUAUAGUCAACGGAAGGCCAGUGGAAACCCAACCCCAAGAAAAAUCCCCGCUGCAUUCCUCCCCUUCCAAACCCGAGAUGCAUUUUUCGUUGAAAGAGAUGUAUUAUGACGCCGGAGCAAAGCCUAAAGCGGAGAAGAAGAAGGUGCCGGAAAGUAAGGCGAAGGCUAUGGAGAAGACUCUUCCGACCAGAGACCUUUCCAACGUGGACGCUCUUCCGACAACUUUGAAAAGGGCCAAGGCAGAAGAAGAAAGAAAUGAAACCCUAGCCAGGCAAAAAUCUCGGGGAGUGGAGACAAAGCAUGGCAAAACGGAAGCCCCUGGGACGGACAGGGAAUCGAAUCUCCAGCAAUUCCAUCAUCCCAGGCGGGCAGCGGAGCCCACGACAGAGAUCCUGAUGGGACCUAAGAUGGAAUGUCCAAGAAGCAGUGCCCCGGACAGAGAUGUUCUGCAGCCAGGCCAAGCUGGUCCGCCAAGAGUUGCAAGACCACCUCUCUUUGAAAAGGAGAACGAAGAAGGAGAAGUCCUUCUCAUCCGUGAAACGGACUUGCUGGACUCUGCUCUCCCUGAAGCCGAGCCGGACUUGCAGCUCCCAGAGGCUGGACCUGUGGAUUGGCCCCGGUCUUUGCAGGAAGGGAGUGAAGCCCUUACCCCAGUAGCCUUGGAGGAGAAACAGUUGCCUGAUCCAGGGCCUUCUGAGGGUUCCGAAAACUCACAGCCAAGCUUGUCCGUGAACUCUGGUUUGCAGUCCCCAAAUUCCAGGUUUGGGGAAGAAAGGAAAGAUAUCCUGGAAGAUUUAGGAAUAAAGUGGUCGGAGAAGAAAUCUGGUUCCAGCCCAGGCAUCCAGGACUCAAGGAUGGGAAUGCGACUCCUGGAAGAUCACCAGCCAGCAAUUUUCCAGAAUCGUCCGGUGACUUCUCAGAAUAUCUCAGGCAUUUCUUCUGGUGUCCCAUUUCCAAAUGGGAUGGACAAUCGGGUUCAGAAGGAAGAUAUGGAGAAAUAUUCUCCAGAUUGGGGCCAGGAUGAAAUCCGACAUGGACUACCUCCUAAUCGUGAGAGUAAACAGCCAAUUACUCCUGCAUUAGCAGCCCAAGAAACCCAUUUUCAGGGAAGUCCCAUGGAUGAGUUGGACCAAGUUGCUCCUUGGACCGAAGGCACAAGAGGAGAAAAAGAACAACAAGGAGAAGCCCCUAAGUUAUUGAGAGACAAUACACCCAGCCCCCAAAUGCCUUUCGUUCCUGAGAGGAAGAGAUCAUCUGAAGCAAUAAAGAAGUCACAACUGAUCUCAGAAGUUGCCACCACAACCCCAGAUCUUUCUCAAGUGGUUUCAGAAAGUCCUCCUCCAGCUUCAGCCGUGACGAUCCCUUCCGUGCUUCAUGAUUCCCAAGAACCAGCUCUGCUUUCUCCAAUCAAAGGAGACGUUGUUGAGAGCAACCAAUCCGUAGCCCACUUGCUAAAAGAUAUUAAGAGAGAAACGGAAUCUCGGGAACCUAGUAAAAUGGUGGCUUCAGAAGAACCAGACCAGCAAGUCACCAAGGAGAUCUGUGUGCAGAAAGAAUUCCUGGUUCCUCCAAGGAGUAAAAAAGAGAAGCAAGAGUCUAAAACGUACACCAAGAAGACGGAGGUUAGAGAUAAGGAAAAGGACACAAUGGCUCCUGAUAUUCUUUCAAGAGAGAAUUCUCGUCCUCCUGAGGUUGUAGUGGAGGAGACUCGAACCCCGGAGAAAGACCAGAACAACGACCUUGUGUCUUCUUUGAAAAAUUAUUUGCUUUUGCUCUUGAAGAUCACCUCUGAGUCAGACAAAAGCAAAGCAAGAAGCCCCAAGCAAGAAGCCAAGAUGAUGGAGGAGAAGACUCCACUGAGCGCUAUUCCAAAACAUCUGCCAGAUGUGGGCAUUGCGGGAUUAACUCCCAGGACUUCCAGGAAGAUCUUCGAACAGGUGGAGACCGAUCAACUUUUCCAAAGUGCUGAGAACUUGCAAUUGACUCCCAAAACUUCUCGGAAACUCACAGGAAUGAUCAACCAAGAACUGCUUGCUUGCCAGAAGAACCUAAAUGUUGAACUGGAGAUACCUCCUUUACCUUGUGUUCCCUCAAUUGUGGUAGGGGGCAUUGGAAGUGAACCAGCAGGUCUCCCCCAUCUCCCUUCUUCCGAGUCGGUUAGUGAGACCCCAGCAGCUCUGCCAAGUGCCACACCUGAGGAGCUAGCAUCUGGAGCCCGUCGGAAGAUCUUUCUCCCCAAAACCAAGACAGCUGAUGAGAUGGAAGAAGGGGCCCUGGAGGGCCAGCCGUGGCCCAAAAGAGACAGUCCCAGUGUAUCUCCACAGCAGGGCCGUAAGAGCCAGGCUCUCUUGCAGACCUCGGCCCCGGGAUCUCCUCCUGUGGAGAAGCGCUCCCCGAACUUGGCCAGGAAGAUGGCGACUCUGGAAGUUCCCAAGAUGUAUCAGGAGACGGCGGAAGAAAGCCAGAAGGAGGAUGACAGCUGCUCCCCGUUGGCUCCGGAGAGUGUAGAAGAAAGUGGGCCCAAGGUGGGAGAAUCUAGGAAAACCAACGAUCCAUUUAAAGCACCACAAGUCGUUCGCAAGAUCCGAGCAGAACAGUUCUCGGAUGCCUCUGGGAACUUGAAGCUAUGGUGUCAGUUCUUCAAUAUCUUGAGUGACUCCAAGCUUAUCUGGUACAAAGAUGAGGUGCCCAUAGCAGAGGUCAAAAGAAGCUCUGGAGAUGAAGGACAGGCAGCUCUGGCUAUUGUGCAGAUGUCCCUGAAGGAUUGUGGGGUGUACCAGUGUACCAUCCAGAAUGAAUACGGGACUGACAAUACUGACUUCCUGCUGAGCUCUGAAGUGCUGUCCGGAUUUAUCUCCAAAGAAGAAAUAGAAGCUGGAGAGGAGAUCGAGAUGACCCCCAUGGUGUUUGCCAAAGGUCUAGCUGACUCUGGCUUCUGGGGGGAUAAGCUCUUUGGUCGGAUCAUGGUGGAGGACCUGGAGGUUGGAGAAGGAUUUCUACGCAAGGCUUGCCGUGCCCGUGCCAUUUAUGGCCUUGAGCCAGUCUUCGAGUCUGGGCACACUGGCAUUAUUAAAGUCCACAACCUCAUUGCAUUUGGUGGACGCAGUGAGAACACGUUGGUGGAGAGGAAUUACGAUAUCACCAUUCAGGAGUGUAAAAUCCAGAAUUCAAGUCGGGAAUACUGCAAGAUCUUUGCGGCAGAGACGAGAGCCAUUGCUGACUUUGGCUCAAUACCUGAGAUAAUCCCACUUUACCUAAUCUAUCGCCCAGCCAAUAAUAUUCCUUAUGCAACCAUGGAGCAAGAUUUGCCCGGCUCAUUUCAGUGCUACUGUGGACGAGAAGGAGACGGCAACAGGUUGGCUCCACCCAACCCCUCCGAGAUUGGGCAAAAAUGCUCUGCUUUCCAGCACUGGCUUUACCAGUGGACAAAUGGCAAUAUCUUGGUGACAGAUCUGGAAGGAGUCGGGUGGAAGGUCACCAACGUGAAGAUUGCUACCAAAAUCAAGGGGUACCAAGGCCUGAAGGAGAGCUGCUACCCCAACCUCCUCAAUCACUUUGUUACCUCCCAUCAAUGCAACCGUUACUGUGAGCUGCUGGCUCUGAAAAGCCUUGAGGUUCCUCAACCUCCGCCGAGAAGCAAAGGUUCUCGAAGCCCCAACGUGGGCAGAAAAUCCUCAUCAGCUCAAUCCAGCCCUCAGCUCCAGAAAAAAGGCCUCUCUAGUCCUCAGGCUUCCAGAAAAGGGUCUGUGAGCCCCAAGAAUGCCCGGAAAUGUCCAGAACAUGUGGCGGAAUCACAAUCGACGGCAUGGCCCAAAGGAAGAGACAGCGACAAGAUAGGACAGCUGCAGUGAUGAUGGGCAGUGGGGGCACCUUGUGUGUGCCUGAGGAAGGGGACAGGGUUGCCUUGUCCUCCUGUGGCUCCCCCCACCUUUCCUUGCGUGAGGUCUGUGUGUGGUGUUUGAGGGAAAGAGCCAUGCUGAUCAUGGCUCUCUGGGCAGGUUUAGAUGCCCUCAGGAAUGAUGUGUGAAUGCAACGUGUGGUCACUACUGCUGAUCCUGCAGAGAGUGACGUCUGUCUUCACAGUCCCAUCACACGAGGCAGGAGCCUGGCACCCGACUUAAGUGCCCGUGUGAUUCUGUUUCUCCUUGGUGCUUUGAAUAUUGAGCCUGUCCUACAGCUCCCAAUAGGUUGAAGUCCAAGAUGGGGACUGGAUGCCAGGUGGCCAGGUGGACCUGUGCUUUGCUGGGCUGUAAUUCAGGACUUUGACUGCAAUACGUCCUCUACCAAAGACCCAAUGCUCUCUGUUUUUUUCCCCAUGAUGGUGUGGGCCACCACAACCCCAGUGAGACUCUUGAGAAUUAAUUUUGGCCCGAUCCUCUCUUCCCAUCCAUCCCCAAAACAGCACCUAGGAGAAGAGAGUUGACUUCUCCCUUCUCCUUCGGAGGGAGAUGCUGCUUCCUUGACGGGACUCCAUGUGACGUGGCUGUGGUGGUACCUCCUUGCACCUGUGUUUGGGGACAAUUAAAGUGUCAAAUAUGUCACGCAGAGGACAUUUGGUCAAUCAAGUGAGGCUGCUGAGAUUAGCGGAAGAUUAAACGCUUCUUGCUCAACUACCCUUCCAUCCAUUCAGGGUGCAGAUGGAACACAUAUUUUGCACACCGAAAGCUCUGAUUUCAGUUGAUGUUUUGGUCAACCAGUCAAGAGAUCCAAGAGUAAGGGAAACCUUGCUAUCCGAGACUCUGGAACUUGCUGCUGAAUAUUCAAAGCAGUUCUUGUUAUAUUUCUUACCCGUUAAUGACCACAGAUAGCUCGCAUUCACAUAACGGGCUUAACUUGGUUACUGAGCUAACUUUCUUUUUCUGGAUUCACAUCACACACGGACCCAUAAGUUAACCAAAGAAGCUGGAUUCGCACUCCAAAUUCCUCCCAUAAACCGGGUUAACAGGAACCAAGUUCAGACUGUAUGAAUGCAGUUCCUAAAUUUACAGCUGACAAGGAUAUUGUAUGAACUAUAUAUAGCUAUAGUGUGCAGUCUUCCUCAGCCUAAUUUCUUCUAGAUGUGUUGGGAUUAGCCAGGAUUCAGAACCCUAGGAAUUCUGGAAGUACAGGUCGGUCAUCUCUUGAGGAUGUAGAAUUAGGGAAGGCCUUUUAGAUAGAAAUCUCUCUCUUGAACAACAUUCUCUUGAUUCACUUUAUAUAUUUUGCUUUUUUCCCAAAUUUCUCCUUAGCAGAUAAAUGUAGGCUGUGUAGCAAUUGGCUGCAACCAGCAAGAUUUUAAGCACCCCCUACUAUCAAAUAAUGGCACGCGGUGGCUCAGUGGCUAAAACGCUGAGCUUGUCGAUCAGAAGGUCGGCAGUUCAGCGGUUCGAAUCCCUAGUGCUGCAUAACGGGGUGAGCUCCCGUGACUUGUCCCAGCUUCUGCCAACCUAGCAGUUCCAAAGCAGGUAAAAAAUGCAAGUAGAAAAAUAGGGACCACCUUUUGGUGGGAAAGUAACAGCGUUCCGUGCGCUUUUGGCAUUUAGUCAUGCCGGCCACAUGACCAUGGAGAUGUCUUCGGACAGCGCUGGCUCUUCGGCUUUGAAACAGAGAUGAGCACCGCCCCCUAGAGUCGGGAACGACUAGCAUGUAUCCUAACCUUUAUCUUUUACUGUCAAAUAAAAUUGCCCUAUAGCUGUGAGCUCAAUCAAAUUACAGGUAGGAUGGAGAUGUCACUGAGCAAGAAAACCCUGGAACAGCCUAUAGAACAUAGGUGCCCCAUCAGCCGUUCCUUCACCAAAGACUACUGUAUAAUCCAUCACCAUCUGGAGACUUGUGAAUAAAUCUCUAUUGUCCUCUAUCACAACCUUAGACAGAGAACACCUUAGGAACCCCAAAGGGACCUCCGAUACGAUGUAAGGAGCAGAGCGGGAUGAGUAACAUCAAGGAGUAUGGGUGGUCCUUCUAAAAUGUUACCUUCACGUGCCAUUCAAUUCGAAAACAAAUUCAUUCUCAAUAUGGCUGCUUGAUAGUCGUGCUUGAGUUGCCCCAAGCCCAAGAAGGGAGCCGAAUUCCCCUUGUGGACUCUUCCCCCACGGCGGAUCAUCCAACAAACCAUGUAGAACCUCAUUUGAUGGAUCGGAACUUCUGUUGAAGCUGUGAUGUCGAAGUGGCAGGGCCAAAACCUUGUCUUGGAAGCUCCUUCAGGUGCAGGAAUGAAGCUACACGCCCUCCUAGAGGACAAGGGUUUACGACAGGGGUGUCAAACUCAAUUUCAUGGAGGGCUGCAUCAGGAUUGUGUUUGACCUUGGUGGUCCGGAAUGGACGUGGAUGUGGUGGCCGUGGCCAGCUCGAUGUCACUCGUGUCAGGGUCACCUGUGGUGGCCCAAAUGCUCUGCCAGCAAAAACGGGCUCCCGAGCUCCGUUUUCAGCUGCGAUGGCCUCCUGCAACUCUCUGCCAGUGAAAACAGAGCUCUGUUUUCGCUGGCAGAGGCUUCCACGGGCCAGAACAUUACUGUUUCCAGGUGGCCCCAUGAGCCAGAUCUAAGCACUCCGUGGACUGGAUCUGGCCCCCGGGCCUUGAGUUUGAUACCCCUGGUUUACAAGAAUACCGAGAGAAAAACAAGAGCCUGGUGGCACAGCAGACUAAUAGCCUGUUAUUAACAUUCAGCUGCCUGCAAUUACUGCAAGUUCGAAUCUCCUCAGGCUCAAGGUUGACUCAGCCUUCCAUCCUUUCUAAGGUAGGUAAAUUGAGGACCCAGUUUGUGGGGGCAAUAAGCUGACUUUGUAUAAAUAUACAAAAGGAUGAAGGCUAUUGCUUAGCGCAUUGUAAGCCGCCCUGAGUCUCCGGAGACGGGUGGCAUAUAAAUCAAAUUAAAAAAAAAAUAUGGGACUGAUUGGGUUGUGUAAUGCUGACUCAAUAAUAAUAUUAAUAUUCAUAAUCAUAAUAAACCACCUGGGGUUCAAGAGUUGCUGAAUAAAGUGAAACAGGAUGUAACUUGUCUGUGGAAGCAGCUGAGAUCGUCUCUGAAUUUUACGUACUGUAUGUGCACAUUUCUCUGUUGAAAUCUGGCUGGUGGCCAAGACUUUGGUAAGCGUAGACUUGAGAACACGGUUUCUUGGAAAAUA